GGCUGCUUUUCUGUGGCCUUCUCAGAAAUGUCAGUGUUUCAUUUCUGUUUUCUAGAAAGCUGUAGCCUACUGCUGCUGCUGUCAGGGUGACAUGUAUUAUGAAUGAAUGCUGCCGAGAUGGCGCCGUUCGCUUCAGUCUUCAUUGUUCAUUAUGUAGACACAAUAUUUGAUCCUAUUGUAAUAUCUGGUUUGGCCGUGAUCAGCGAUCAGAAACUGGAUUAGCAAAGCAGGCGUCAAUUCUUAGAACAGCGUUUGAUGCAGAGGAUGUUUAUGCGGCGCUAGGACCCAGGGGACGUGUUCUCAUUUUCACAAGUCACAAUGCAAUUUGCAUGCGUUUGUUCUGCAAGGCAAACACUGGCGCAUGAGUGAAACCUAAACCCCCGGAAGAUCGAGGAACAGACUCGCAGACAAACUUACUGGUGUUGUAUCAAUAUCGUGAUGGGUAGCUUCCAGUCUUUACCGGAUGACCAUCCAUAUCGAACCCUGUCACAGAAGACAGGCUUUUCACUGGAGCAGAUCGCAAUUCUCCACAAUCGUUUUAAGCAGCUCAGCCAAAAUGAGGAAACAUUACGGAGAGAUGACCUUCAAACAAUACAAGACCUGGAAAGCAACCCAAUUCGGUACGAGAUUAUAGAAGCUUUCUUCGAUAAAAGGAACUUCCAGAAAGAUGAUGUGGGAUCUGUGGAUGAAAUUGGUUUUGAGGAAUUCCUUACAGUCAUGUCGUACUUCAGAGCACCAGCCCAUAAUAUCACAGAGGAGCAGAAAGAAGAAAUGAGAAGAGCCAAACUGCGCUUCUUGUUCAACAUGCAUGACACCGACAAUGAUGGAACCAUAACACUGGAGGAAUACAGACAUGUUGUAGAGGAGUUGUUGUCCCGUAGUGGAGCUCUUGGAAGAGAGACAGCUAAGGGCAUUGCAGAUGCUGCAAUGCUGGAGGUUGCCAGUAUCUCAGUAGGCCCUAUGGCACCUGAUGAGUUCUAUGAAGGAAUAACAUUUGAGCAUUUUUUGAAGAUUCUUAAAGGAAUUGAAAUUGAGACGAGAAUGCACAUUCACUUCUUAAACAUGGACACAACUGUUUUUUGCAAGCAUCAUUCUGCCUAGGUACUGCCUGUAAUGUAUAUUUUCCAGUAAAAUAAGCACUUUAUUAGCUGAGGCUGGUUUAGAAUAGUUUGGAUAGAUCUCUAGUUCUAUGAACUAUUUGUAGGAUGCGCAGAGUGUGUAUUUCACAAAGGUUGAAAAGCAAUAAGAAAAGUGUGCAUUGAUAUUUGAAACUCCUUGUUUUGCAUGCACAUAUCACACAAUUAUGGUACUAUAAAAUUAAAACUAUGCAGGCAUGUAUUCAUUUAUUUUACUUGUUUUUUUAAAUUAAUUUUAUUAUCUCUUUAUUCUAAAAUAACCAAUUAUUCUAAAAUAACCAAUUAUUCUAAAAUAACCUACCCUACUAUACAAUACUAUAACUGAAUGCAAUUGUAAUAUAUUUUCACAGAAAUAAUAAUCCUGAAUAGAGUAAUCAUAUUAUUGACACUGUGACAUAGCAAUAGCAAUAUGUGCAAUUUAAUUAAAACAAUACUUGAAUCUAGUCUCAAAAAAGAACUGCAGUUACUCCUAUCAACCAGCAGAUAUCGCUAAUGUCACAGCUUUGUUCAUGUGUGUCGCUAUAGAAAUACUCAGGUACUUGUACAACCAAUAAGCAUGUUUCAGCACGUCUUGCAAGGGCAAUUAGAAGUGUAUCAAUAAACAUUACAUUACAAACAA